AUGUUCUCUGCCUCCUCCUUUGCCGUGGACGGGAGACGACAGUCUAACUUCUUCCCGGCCUCGGAUCAUAUGGGCCAUCUCGGCUACGACUACAACACCCAGAACUACGGGAACCCCGGCCUUGGCGACGACUUUUACGACAACGAGAUGCUCCACGCCGGCCUUCAAAAAACACCAGGUUUUGAAAAAUUCAACAAUUCGUAUGGCCUGAUGACACCCGGAUGUGGGUUAGAGACCAGACAGCCCCAGGAACCGCUAGUUCUGCCUAAUGUCCGUUUCUCGUCUAAUUUGCUAGAUACGCCGUACAAUGGCUCGUUUACGGCACCCACGUCCACGACAGUCACCCCUCGCUCCUCUGUUGCACCCAAGGAGUUGCCUGAUCUCAAUCUUCGCAACCGUGAUUUCAUAAGAGACCACUUUGCACGGGACCAGGUCAACCGGGAAUACACUUUCCGGGAUCCAAGCCCGUUGGGCAACAGGGGUUCCUUUUCGCUGGGCAAUGUUUCCACCAUGGAUGUCAACAGGCUUAACCAGCUGAUGAACAAUCUCCAGUUGGACCAGCUGAUGCAGGGUGUUUUCAACCAGCGUCUCAUGGACCCACUUAAGGACGUGGAGAUGCCAUUGAGCCGCUCGUCGAUCUGGAGCACCAGCUCCCAGGGGUCCUUGCAGCCUUCUUAUCAUAACCACAACGCUGGUUCUGGACAGACUCACUACAGCAACAAGCCGAGCAGCCAUAUCAACAUCAGUCCACCUACGGCGCCUCUUUCUAUGGCUGCAUCGUCAAGGCUGCGCUAUUCUUCAGCCGUGGGCCCCUUUGACCCUCCAUUGGAGUUCGACAGAAGAAAGGAAAACAGAAACUUCUACGCAGAGAAGCUCCACAGCCCACCGUUUGUGCCAAUUGAGGCUCGCGAGACGCCUCGUGAAGCUGAAAAGAGACCAGCAAGCAGAAAGUCGCUGGACGGGAGCGUCCAGAACGACACCAAAAGGAAGAAGCCUGCACUCUCUAAUGUUGUGGUCAACUUUGGCCCAUUGGAAAAGGAACCUGUGCCGGCUAUCUCCUCAAAGAUCAAUCCUUACGCACCAUUGGCCAAGGAAUGUAGCCGCUACGUCCUCGAUAGCUGCUCGUUGAAGGACUACCCUGAAGACUUCUGCUCUACAUUCUACAAGAGAAACACUCACGGGUACAUGUUUAUCCGGGAGCUGUCGAAUUCGCUCAAAGUGAACGCCAGCGGGCCCAAGAGCUGGGUGACGCUAAAGAUCAAACUAGGAGAGCAGGAGCAGCAGAAGAUGAAGGUGGACGUGAAGAGACUCCCGGUUUGGAAGCCCAUCAACCUCAACCAGCCCCACACGCUGCGCAAGGCUGUGCGCAGACGCAAGCCGCUCAAAAAACCCUCCAACCGCAGGCGGUAG